CGUGCCUGUCAUAUCUUUGGUUCAGAAACGAAGAAACUCCAAACAGAGUACAAACCUGCAUGCAUGGCGACUCGACCAGACUAACUGAGUGCAGCCAGCCAGCCAUGUGUGAUGUCGUGACGAUGAAUUGAGCUCUGCGGUUUCAGUUUGUUGAGCCGGAAUUUUCGCGAGCAGAACCUGCCGAUGAAAUAUAGCGAUUCACUGUACAUGGAAGAGAUUGGUAGCUGAGAUUGCAAGUUGGUUAUUGCAAUUAUAGUUUCAUGAAAUAUUGAAGUCAAAUUGCACAAAGAGAGAUGGCGGAGCUUGCUCUUCUUCUUGUCAUAAAAAAGAUUGGCAUAGCUUUGGCAGCAGAGGCACUAAAGCAUGCUGGACCAUGGCUUGAACUCUCUAAUAAUAUGAAAAGGAUGAAGAAUGAUCUUGAACUUCUGCAAUCAUUUCUCGGUGAUAUUGGAAGCAAGGGUUGGCCAGAUCGAGUCACCGAAACAUGGAUAGGUCAAGCCCGAAGAUUAGCCUAUGAUAUGGAAGACAUUGUAGAUCAGUUUAUUUAUGUGGUUGGUAAACACCAUCAGAAAGGAUCGUGGUGGGCUUCUGUGAAGAAAAUAGUGAAGAAACCCCAAUCUCUGUUUACACUGGUUCAAAUUGCUACGGCCUUUCAGAGAAUAGAGCUGGAGCUUACACAGCUUAAACAAAACAGAGAAUGGACUCAACCAAUUGCUGGAGUGACUGAUGUUCCUGCAACAGAUUAUGACAUCCAGCAGCAAAUGUAUCUUCCUGGACAUGAUUACUCAAUCUCUGAUGAUGAACUUGUAGGACUUGGUAAAAAUAGAGAAACCUUGAUGAAGUCAUUGAAUUUGGAAGAAUUUUCUGAUCUGCAGAUCAUUGCUGUGUGGGGUAUGGGUGGCAUCGGAAAAAGCACUCUUGUCCACAAUGUAUUGAGAAAUGCAGCAUCCCAGUUUGAAUGUAGUGCAUGGGUUUCUGUCUCUCGGGCAUAUAAAAUAGAUGAUAUUUGGAGAAGCAUGCUAAAAGGAAUCUAUUCGAAAGACAAGAAAGAAUUUGAUGCCGAAAAGGUGAGCAUUGAUGAAAAGAUGAGCACUGCAGAGCUACAAGUUAAAUUGAAGGAAAUCCUAGAGACAAAGCGAUAUUUGAUCAUACUGGAUGAUGUCUGGACAGCUGAAGAUCUUUUUAAAAUUAAAGAGGUUCUUGUUGAUGUGGGCAUGGGAAGCAGAGUAAUAGUCACAACAAGAACAGAGGAAGUUGCUUCAAUAGCUGAUGAUGGUUGCAGGAUCAAAGUGGAGCGUCUUGAGGAGGGGGAUGCAUGGCAUCUAUUUUGCAGGAAAGCAUUUCCCAGAAUUGAAAAUCACAUCUGCCCAAAAGCAUUACAAGAGUGUGGUCAAUUAAUAGUGCAGAAGUGUGAUGGUUUACCAUUAGCUCUUGUGGCCAUAGGGAGCAUACUGUCUCUUAAACAACAGAAUGUUACACAGUGGAGGCUAUUUCAAGAUCAGCUUAUUUGGGAGCUAGACAACAAUAAAAACUUAAAUCGCGUGAAGAACAUUCUGAAUCUAAGCUACAAAUACUUGCCUGACUAUUUGAAGAGCUGUUUCUUGUAUUGUGCCAUGUUCCCAGAAGAUUACAUGAUCAAAAGAAAAAAAUUGAUUAGAUUGUGGGUUGCUGAAGGGUUUAUUGAACAAAAAGGAACAUUCAGUUUAGAAGAUAUUGCUGAAGGUUACCUCACAGAGCUAGUACAACACAGCAUGCUUCAUGUGGUAGAGAGGAACAGUUUUAACAGGAUAAAGCGUCUUCGAAUGCAUGAUCUUGUGCGUGAAUUAGCCAUUUUCCAGUCUAAAAGGGAGAGUUUCAGUACGACUUAUGAUGAUAGUCUUGGGGUGAUCCAAGUGGAAUCUGAUUCUCGUCGCAUGUCAGUGCUCCAAUGCAAGAAUGGCAUUCAACCAAGCAUAGGUCAAUGCAGGCUUCGUACCUUCAUAGCAUUUAGCACCAGCAAAGCAUCAUCUUCAUUGUUUCCUUCAGAAUCUAAGUACCUAGCUGUGUUGGAACUAUCGGGAUUACCUAUUGAGACUAUUCCAAAUUCUGUCGGAGAGCUAUUUAACCUUAGGUAUUUGGGCCUCGACGGCACCAAUGUGAAGGUACUCCCAAAAUCUGUUGUGAACCUUCACAACUUAGAAACACUGGGUCUUGCAGGUGCAGGCUGUCUGAAUCUCCCACGAGGGUCUGAAAAUCUGAAGAGAUUGCGGCACAUUCGUAUGUAUAAAUGGCUGGAUAUAACAUGCUCGGUUUUUAAAACUUAUGAACCAUUUGAGCCGUUUGAGGGAUUGUGGAGUUUGAAGGACUUGCAAACUUUGCAUUCAGUUCCAGCUAGUAAAGUAUUCAUUGCCAAACUAGCAAAUUUAUCUCAGCUGAGGGCCUUUAGCAUUAAUGGGGUAAGGAGCAUCCACUCUGCACAACUGUGUGACUCUCUGUCAAAGAUGCACCAGCUCUCACAGUUAGAAAUAAAAGCCAGCAAUGAAGAUGAUGAGCUCCAGCUUGAAACUUUAACAUUGACAAACCGCCUUAAAAAGCUCAAUAUAUCGGGGCGGAUUUCUGAAGGAACAUUGAACUCUCCAUUUUUCUCAACCAACAGAGAUGCCCUUCACGAGAUAUCUCUACGUUGGUCCCAACUUGCGGAAAACCCAUUACAGCGCCUCUCUGAAUUGUCAAAUUUAACCUUAAUAUAUCUUAGAAGGGCGUAUACUGGACAGGAGCUAACCUUCCACCCAGAGUGGUUCCCUAAUGUGAAGAUCCUUUUCUUGUAUGAUUUGCCACAUGUCAACCAAAUAUGCAUACACGAGCGAGCUUUGGUCCGCCUUGAAGAACUUGUCAUCAGUGGCCUUGCCGAACUGCGGGACAUCCCUACUGGCCUGGAACAUCGGAAAUCCCUCAUAAAGGCGUUGUUUCUUGACAUGCAACCUGAAUUCAAAAGGAAUCUUCAAGCGGCAAAACUAGAGCAUAUCUCGAUAUCCUACUACAGGACAGUACGAUCCAGAGUGGCAUGAGCCUUUCUUGGGUCGCUGGGGUUUGCAGUCAUUAUGGUCAGUGAGGAAGCUAUGAUCUAUAUAUCUGUCAAUGGAGAUAUAUUGGACAACUGACGUUAGUCUUGCUUUUAUUAUUUCUGCUCAUUCAAACAAGAACUGGUUUGUAAUAAGGCAUGGGAAUGAUUUCCAUAGCUGCCAGCGAUCCUUAUUUUACGGUAUUUAUGUUCGCUGGUGCUAAGUUACUGCUUGGGAUAAUUGAUAUGUAUUUUUACACAGUGACUCAUGUAAUAUUGUCGAAAACUACAGCUACUUCCUCGACACAUAUUUAAGAGGAAAAAAAAUCCUUAUUUGCCACUGAUGAUAUGCCACAGAAGCAUCUGAACUUUUUAUGGGGCUGCAGACUUGCAGAGGCCCAGUUCAGUUUCUUUUAGCUCUUUUUCUGGGAAAUAAAUGCUUUAUAUGACAUGUAACUUAUGCAGUAUCCAUUAAAUUGAUACUCCCUCCGUUCACAAAUAUAAGAUGUUUAACUUUUUUCAGAAUUGGAUGUAUAUAGGCAGGUUUUACUGUGUUUGUUCACUCAUUUCAGUCCGUAUGUAGUCCAUAUUGAAAUAUCCAGAACAUCUUAUAAUUGUGAACUGAGGGACUACAUUCUAAUCCGCUACACUACUGUUACAUAUUGGUGCACUGUGUAUUAGAAUGCCAUGAGUACUGUACUGGUGUCAGAUAAGUUUCAUUCAUGUAUUAUGAG